AUGUUCUCGCUCCUGCUCCUCUCCGUCCUCGCCGCCGCCGUCCACGGCCAAGCGAACAGCACCUCCUCGUCCGCUGCUGGCACCCCCUCGUCCUCAGGCGGCCCGAUGGCCCUGGCCUCGGGGCUGUCGCCCGGCUGCCAGGCCGCCGCCGGCAGCCUGCUGACCAGCGACUUCGGCGCCUGCGCCAACAUCAUGGGCCUCGUCUCCGUCAUCGGCGCCCCCGGCUCCGUCGUCCCCCCCCUCACCACCUGGAUCUCCGCCGUCUGCGCCGCCGCCCCCUGUUCCCCCGACACCCUCAGAACCGCCAACCAGACCGUCGCCUCCGGGUGCACCGCCGACAUCCAGAAAGGCUCCGCGAUCGCCACGGCCCUGCAGACCAUCGUCUCCAACUACAGCGGCGCCAAGGACUUGCUGUGCACCCAGUACGCCGCCAACUCGACCUUCUGCAUCCCCUCCGUCCUGGCCAACGUCCAAGCCGCCACGGGCCAGAACAUCACCAUCUCGGAGGUCACGGCGCUGCUGACGGGCAGCGCGACGCCGGCCGGCCAAGCGUUCGCCGCCGUGUCCCCCGGCGCGUACUGUACCGACUGCGGACACGCCCUGGUCACCCAGUCCGCCGCCUUCAUGGCCGCCUCCUCCGCCCAAUCCUCGCCCGCAGCUAUGGCCUCUAUCUCCGCCUCCUGCGGCCCCGCCUUCGUCGACGGCAAGCUCCCGCCCUCCGUCCGCAACGCCGCCAAGACCGCCGCCGACGCCGCCAAGAACGCCGCCCCCUCCCUGUCCCUCGACCGCGCCGCCCUCCUCCUCCCCGCCAUCCUCCUCGCCGCUCUCCUCGUCUAG